ACCUUUGCAAACCCAAAUCUGAGUUUUCUUUCUCCAACUUCAUCUUCUUCCUUUCCCUGUUCAUCCUUCUUCUUUCUUUUUCUUAUUCUUUCUCUCUCUCUCUUCUCCCUUCUUCUUCCUCUCUCAAACCCAGAUCUAGAUUCUCUCCUACAACGUUACCGUUGUGAUCGCACCAAGCUCUUGGAGUUUCUGCUAUCCUUAGGUUUAGUCAAAGAAAUUCGUACGUCGUCUGGCCCCACUGCUUCUCUUUCUGACCUUCACGUUGACUCGAUUAGUGCCGAUUACAUCCUCUAAUACUUAAAAUCUGGUGAACACGAUCUCAUUCUGUUUGUUGCCUUCUUUUUGUUCUCAAGAGAACCGAAUGAAAAUCAAUUUAGCUGGACUUAAAGAACGAAGGAGUUUUUGGCUCCGUCAUCAUUGUCAUCGUUCUCUACUGUCUCAUGGCUGCUUCCAUGUCCAUGCUCCAUCCCUAUGACAUGGCUGAUGAUGUUGCCAACCUUGAAUGGGUAUCUCAAUUUGUCGAUGAUUCUCUGCCGGAAUCCCCCCCGUUGUGUUCAUCUAGUAAACAGAAGACAGACAGCCAUGCAAAAUCCGUUUCGGUAAAAUCAUCGUGCUUUGUUUUAUGAGCUCCGACCAAAGCAAGAACCAAACGGCCCAAAACCAACAGCCGGGUCUGGUCAAUGUCGGUCCUCUUGAUUGAUUCAUCGUUAAGUUAUGUUAUAAACAUGAGUAUGAGUAAUGAUCCUUUUCUUUUUAAUGUUUGCGUGUAUGGAGUGUUACAGUAUGAGUAAUAAUUUUCCUUUUUCUGG